CAUUAUUCUCUUUCCCUUUGACUCUUCUCUUUAUUUAUUCAUAUAUACACGCAACCCCUUUUUUCUCCAUCCAAUAAUUUCCCAUAAACCCUACAUUUCUUAUAACUUUUCUCUAUAUUUUAUGAGCAAAUCCCCUUUUAAUAUAACUAUUUGAUCCAAAUCUUCACAACUUUCGAACCCCAUAAAAAAAACUACUUAUAAAUUUCUUCCUUUUUUUUCCCUUGAAAAUUUUGAUCAUGGAAGCAGGGACGAUCUCUCGGCUUCUUCAACCAAUGAAGCUUCAAAGUUCAAAUCUUUCCAAUUUCAGCUCUAACUCUUCGAUGUUCUGCCCUCGGACAAGGUUAAUGCCUGCUUGCCAUGUCUCACAUGGUGGACAAGAAACGAAUCCUACCGAGCAGGAAUUGUCUAUGGUUUUAUCUUCAGAAAAUAAGAAGAGCAGUGUAUUUGGUGGAUCGUCUUUACAUCGUCCAGUGCACAAGAGAGAUCCAGUCGGCAAAACGUUUUGCUCUGUUGGGGCGUAUACAUAUCCCGGGAGCAUUGCUGAAUCUCCUUCACAGACAACUGAAGAAAAGAUUGGGGUGCUACUUUUGAAUCUUGGAGGACCAGACACGCUUCACGAUGUUCAGCCUUUCCUGUUCAACUUAUUUGCUGACCCUGAUAUUAUACGUCUCCCUAGAUUAUUCCGAUUUCUCCAACGCCCAUUAGCACAGCUCAUUUCUGUUCUCCGAGCCCCGAAGAGUAAGGAAGGGUACGCUGCAAUUGGAGGCGGUUCCCCUUUACGAAAGAUAACAGAUGAGCAGGCUAGCGCGCUAAAAAUGGCACUAGAAACAAAGGAAGUUCCUGCAAAUGUCUAUGUUGCAAUGCGUUACUGGCACCCAUUCACCGAGGAAGCUGUUCACCAGAUUAAAAGAGAUGGGAUUACGAAGCUCGUAGUGCUGCCUUUGUAUCCUCAAUAUUCUAUCUCUACAACUGGUUCGAGCGUCCGUGCCCUACAAAAUAUUUUCAAGGAUGACUCUUAUCUGUCUAGACUGCCAGUUGCUAUCAUUGAAUCCUGGUACCAACGACAAGGCUACAUCAAGUCCAUGGCAGACUUGAUAGAGAAGGAGUUGCAUAAUUUCUCUAACCCUGAGGAGGUGAUGAUUUUCUUUAGCGCCCAUGGAGUGCCAGUUAGUUAUGUGGAAGAUGCUGGUGAUCCAUAUCGAGAUCAGAUGGAGGAGUGCAUUUCCUUGAUAAUGAAUGAGCUGAAAGCUAGAGGAACUAACAAUGAUCAUACCUUGGCUUAUCAGAGCCGAGUUGGACCUGUACAGUGGUUGAAACCAUACACUGACGAAGUUCUUGUUGAGCUUGGCAAGAAAGGUGUAAAGUCUCUGUUGGCUGUUCCAGUAAGCUUUGUGAGUGAGCACAUAGAGACUCUUGAAGAGAUUGAUAUGGAAUACAAGGAAUUAGCACUUGAAUCAGGAAUUGAAAAUUGGGGUCGCGUUCCUGCUCUGAAUUGCACCUCAUCCUUCAUAACUGAUCUGGCAGAUACAGUUAUUGAAGCAUUGCCUUCGGCUAUGGCAAUGUCGACGUCCACUAGUACAGAGGAAGAAGUUGACAAUGAUCCAAUGCAAUAUUUUAUAAAAAUGCUUUUCGGAUCACUAUUAGCAUUCGUUUUUCUGUUCUCACCAAAGAUGGUAUCGGCUUUUAGGAAGAACAUCCUUUAGGGAAAGACAAAAGCUCCUUUUCAGUAAGGCAGGAGGAUUAGUACAGAGAGUAAGAAGGCGAUAUUUCAUAUUCGUGUUGCCACCUGAAAGUUUCUUAAUUUUGUGAGCAGUUUACAAGUUUUGUUCUAAUUAAAUAUAUUAGAUAUUACUUUUGUUAGAAUGGAUACAACAGUUUCGAAGUGCUAGUAUUCUGUUUGGACUCGAUACUUGUACAUAGAACAUGAACACAAUCAGAAAUACAAUAAUCUUUGUGGCCUUGGGUUUCGACCCAUUAGAA